ACGGUGGAUAAUAGUGAUGUGGGAAAGUACGGAUAUUACUGGAAAAACACUUUCAUUUUCGAUUUUUAUGCUGAGUAACUGCAAGUAUUGUACCCGCCGUGUCUCUGGCGUCGAAUUACUCACUAAAAGCCGUAUAUUUUUGUUUCUGGAGUUUUCAAACCGAAGCCAAAACUCUUAAACACAUUUAGCUAACUUUUCUUCUGCAGAAACAAGAUGACUUCUCUGGAUAUUCGCCAUGAAUCUAAAAAGCAGGUUGAUGAAUUCUGCCAGAAGCUCUCCAAGGAGGCAGAAGAACUGCUUUCCAAAUUCUUCCCAGAGAAGAUUGAUCAGCUGCAGAAGUUGCUGGAGAAGUCUUUUAACUGUGAUGACCUAGCGUCCUUGAAGGCCCCACUGGACAUCCCAAUACCAGAUCCAGCUAAAGAGGAGGAAAAACGGAAGAAGAAAGAGGAAAAAGAGGCAAAAGAAGGGAAAAAAGACAAGGACAGCGAUAAAGAGGAUGAAGAUGCAGGUCCUCCUUGUGGCCCCAUUUGUAGCAACGAGCGAGUUGAGAGCCUCCUGAAGGAGGUUAAGCCAGAGAUCCAGACACUGAAGGAGAAGCUCAACACGGUGUCAAUGUGGGUGCAGCUCCAAAUCCCUAGAAUUGAGGACGGCAACAACUUUGGAGUGGCUGUACAGGAGAAAGUGUUUGAGCUGCUGACCAGCACACGCACCAAGAUCGAGGCAAUGCAGACUCAGAUUUCAAAAUAUUACAGUGAGAGAGGUGACGCCGUUGCCAAGGCCUCCAAACAACCCCACGUGGGCGACUACAGACAGCUGGUUCACGAGCUGGACCAGUACCAGUACUGCGAGCUCCGCCUUAUCAUCUUGGAGAUCCGCAACAUAUAUGCUGUGCUGUUUGACAUCAUUAAGAAGAACUACGACAAGAUUAAGAGGCCCAGAGGAGAUGGGAAAGCUCUCAUCUACUGAGACUGGCUUUUACACAACAAGUGUAGUAUGACAUUGACAAGAAGGUUUUCAUUUUCUCACUGCGCUAGCAUUUUGGUUUGGAUUACAAAAUAAAGCAACAUAAUCUCUCUUGUA